AAAAUCAACAGUAACCAUUAGCCAAUCGUGCAAUUGGUAUUUAAGCUGAUAUUAUAUAGCUAAGAUUGAAAUUAUUAAUUAAAAUGAAAGUUAUUGUGCAAGUUUGUGUGCUCUUGGCCAUCGCCGCAGUCGCUUAUUCCGCGAGCUCCACCUGGGGUGUGCGCAGCGUUAACGAUACCAUAAUUGUCAACAAACGUGUGGCCUAUCCGGCUGUACGAAAUGCUGUACAGACUGUCUAUUUCGAUGUACCAGAGUCGAAUCAGAGCAACAGCAAAGUGAUUAGCGCCAUUUACUUGCAAGACCAAUUCCAGAACAGCUCUGGUCCAACUAAUACUUUGUUGUAUGGUGGACCCGGUUGGACUUACGCUUCCGUACAAAUGAAAACUCAAACGGGCCUUGGUUUAAAUGUGACAUAUGUUGUUUAUGCCAAUUAAAUAAAGAGAUAAACAUAAUAAAAUGGUUAAAGUAAA